AUGGCAAAUCAUGAUCAGGAAGGGCUCACAAGAAUCUGUAAUAGGCAGUCCAUGCAGAGGAAACUAUCUGUUGCUGAUUUGAGAAUUGAUUUGCAAAGAGAAAGGCCCUUCAUUUGUAGAGACUCAGAGGAUUUCAUAAACGGGUUUCCUCCAAACAUCGAUAACAACGAUAAAAUGGACCCCGCCAUAUACAAAGCCGUAACUUGUGGUGAUUUCGAUGGAUUCAGUCGAGCCAUUCAGGAUUUGAGAGGUUGCCUUCUUAUGCAAGUAAGCCCUCAGGGGAAUACGGUUCUCCAUUUGGCAGCUAGAUCAGGCCAUGACAACAUUAUCCAGCCAAUCCUAGACAAUUUUCAUGACUUGGUGAAGGUGAAGAACCGGAGAGGAGAUCUUGCCAUCCAUUUGGCAGCGAGAUCGGGUCAUUUGUCAUCUGUUGAUCUUUUGUCUUGCACGGAGAACCCUGUGAGGUGUAGAGAGUUUGAGGGGUUGUUAAUGGAGCAAAAUGGUGAAAAGAACACUGCCCUUCACAUUGCAGUUAUGGAGGGACACAAGAGUAUAGCUCAAGUCUUGACCGAGGCCAAUCAAGGGGCGGUUAUCUGCGUUAAUAAGGAAGGGAAGACGCCGUUGUAUAUGGCUGCAGAAGUUGGUUGGGUUGAACUUGUGAAGCAAAUGAUGAAAAAGAAGCCGCACAGUGAAAUAGAUACAAUUUGUGACGGAAUGGAUGGAAAGCCAAUUGUUCAUGCUGCCAUUCUGGGAAGGAAUAAAGAAAUCUUAGAUAUGAUACUUGAAGAGAAACGGAGUCUCAUCCAUUCAAUGGACGAAGAAGGAAGAAGCCCUUUAUCGCAUGCAGCAUCAAUUGGCUACAUAGAGGGAGUUUGUUAUUUGCUCGACAAUUUCCCUUGGCUAACCUACCAAAGUGACGAAACCGGUUCGUGCCCUAUUCACAUGGCGGCAAGAUAUGGGCAUGUCAAAAUCAUCCAAGAGAUUCUCCGACGUUUCCCUGAUUCGAGAGAGAUUCUAAACCAACAACAACAGAACAUACUCCACGUGGCGGCUAAGAACGGGAGGAAUGACAUAGUGGAGUUUGUGACGAGGACUCGAGAGCUAGGGCUGGGAGAUCUUAUCAACGAGAAGGAUGAGAGUGGGAAGACACCAUUGCAUUUGGCUACAGAAUACUGGCAGCCUAGGGUUGUGAAUACCCUUACAUGGGACAAGAGAGUUUUGCUAGACAUUCAGGAUAAUGAAGGCCUAACUCCACUAGAUGCUGCUGUGAGGUAUAUUGGCUUUGCACCACCUUUCAGAAAGAGGUUAACUUGGAUGACAUUGAAAUCAGCUGGUGCAAAGAAAUCAAAGCAGCAGAAAAGCAGACAAACAUCCAUCCAAUGGAAACCACCAAAUGUAGAAAACUACAAGGAUAGAGUCAACACUCUGUUGCUAGUUCUCACAAUUGUGGCCACAGUAACCUUCACUGCCGGCUUCACAGUCCCUGGAGGCUACGUUAACAGCUCCUCUCCGGAGGAAGGGGUGGCAGUUAUGCUUAACAAUAAUUACUUCAAAGUUUUCGUUAUAUGCGACACCAUCGCAAUGUACAGCUCCGUAAUCGCCAUAGUCACCCUCAUAUGGGCUCAGCUGGGUGAUCUCCAUUUGGUGCUUUUCGCCCUCAGGCUGGCCCUUCCUCUUUUGGGUAUUUCACUUGCUAUGAUGUGCCUUUCUUUCAUGGCCGGGGUCUAUGUGGUUGUCAGCAAACUUUCGUGGCUGGCUGACGCCGUGGAGGUUAUGAGCGUAGGAUUUCUUUCCAUAAUUAUGAUGCUUUAUGUUCCUUUGUACUUCCCCGACACUUCAAGCUACAAGAUGCUGCAUUUCGUGUCCUAUUAUGUUCUUAACUUGGUCAUGUGGGCCUCACGAAGCAGGGCAGAUGAUGAUGAUGAUGAAGACGAUGAUUUGGGAAAAUAGCAGCCAUUUGUAUUUCUUAUGUGAUAAAUAAUGU